AUGUGGAGACAGGGCGGCGUCCUGCCACUUUUCCUCCCUGUGUCAAAGCCGCACACUUUGACAUCACAACGAAAACACCUCAUUCAUCACACCCGGACCUCAGCCCGGACUUCAGCCUUAGCUCAGCCUGGAUUCAGCCUGGAUCUCAGUCUGGAGGGGGUCUGCGCAAAAACAACAGCUCUGUACAGUCUCCGUGACCUGCGCACUCAGGCCAUGGGGCAGCACACGGAGAGCCAAGGGCCGCGGACUCUGACCUGCCACAAUUUCCAGGACAAGCAGCGAAUCACUAUUACCUUCUGCACGAUCCAUGGCACAUGUUUAGCAGGGUGGACUCGUCCCUGA